GUGUGGUGGGGGAGGGGACUGGAUGGGAAAAGACCCUUCAUGGGAAGGAGCUACCUUCCCUGGGGCCAAGUCCACAUCAGAUUUAACCCUGGCAUCUGCUGUGGGACACGCUCACUCUGCACAGGGUGACAACACUGCAGCCAGCAGUGACAUUAUGACCACCUCCUUUCUUUCUUCUCUCUCUCUUCGCUCUCUCUCUCUCUCCACCUUCGCUGAGGUGGCGUCAUGGGGGCAGCGCUCAUGGCUAAGACAGCCAGACCUCUCCUGACGCACUCAUGCAGUGGCACACAAAGAGAGUCACCUGGAGGUCAAAGAACUUGCUGUAUCUUCUGUAGAUGAUGUGGGAGGUGUUGUCCGAGUAGGUCACGUUGAUGAGGUAGACCUGCAGAAACAGAAACACCAGCUCAGAGACCAGAACAAAGACCUUGAUCUGCUGUCCAGAGUCUUCAGAGGGACACACACGUCUAUCUUACUGAAGCUGUCCAAGCCGCGCCUCCUGAAGCCAAAGUCAAACCUCAUUAUAACGUUGUAAGGGUUGAAGGAGCGAGGCGCGGGCAAAAUCUCCUCACUCUGUAGUUCAGAGACUCAUGUAGGUUCUCCCCAAGCCACUCACACAAGCACAUGCUGGUCAUCUCCGCGUCAGUGAUGGCCAGAACCGAGCGGGAGCGUGGCGCGACCUGCUCCUGCUGGGACCACUGAGCCUCAGUGACAUCAGCCGUCAGGUCUCCAAUGAGGCUCCGAGAGUGUGGCAGAGUGGAGACCAGACCUUGGGCGUGCUCCUCCGGCUGAAACAGCCUCAGCAUCUCUCCACGCUGGCGGCCCAGACGGAGACCAAGCCGUGACCACACCACUGACGCCAAGGAGGCGGGCGGCUGCUCACGGCCCAGAAGAAGAAGAAGCAGAGCUCCUCUCACUGACCUUCAGGGACUCAGGACUUCCAAGAGAACAGCCAAGCAGAGAGAGGCAUGAGCUUCCCGAGGAAGCCGUGAGAGCAGAGCAAGCUUCACUGGUGAAGUCUUCUGAAACCAGGAUUAGAUUUCCUGUCCAUCCAAACACUCAGCGGGCGGCCGACAAGAAGACAAGUGGGAGCUCCACGAAAGACGCGGGACUCCGCCUCAACAUCUAUAUUUGAAGUCGUAAAAGACAGACCGGGUGGGACUGGAAACCUUCUGCCAGAAAGCUCCUCUCAGUGAACCACAAACUCUCACUCUCACAGUUUCCGGCAGGAGCGAGGAGCCGGGGCAGGCCCGGCCCGGGUCCACGCCCGGUCCAGGCCAAGUGCUUGACAAGCCUCCUCCUAGUGAGCCCAUUUCAGCCUGUCCUCACAAGGUUUAGAGGGCUAAAAGUCAGUGAAAGCAGUGGUUCAGGUCAGCCGUGUGUUUUGGAUGGCUGGGGAAAGGGCGAUGUCAAUGAGCAGCGAAACAGACAUGAGGGUGUGUGCGGGGGCCUGUUUAGCCAACUUUCUGGGGACAAAUCCCUAUCCUUGUGAGGACCGACGGUUGUGCGCAGCAGGAGCCGCCUGAGAGGCCCGGGAGCCCCAGUAAAGAACCACGGUGGUCUGUGUGUGUGUGGAGAUGUUCCCAGGGUUCCAGGCCAGCUCACCCUCCCUGAUCCGACGCAAGAGUCUGACCACGGCUGGAGGGACGUCCUGACUGAGCGGCAUCGUGUUCUCUCCGGCGGCUCGUUGAUUCCCAUGUGUUUAUGAGCCAGAAAUAGAAGGUGGGCCGGCGCCGGCUGGAGCUCACUGGCUGCUGAUAACAAGUGAAGUAUUGAUGAAGCGGGACCAGGUGCUGGUCUGCUUCUGUGCUGAGCUGGAACAGCCACCAUUUGCUGACUUUUCCUCAAUCGCUGUCUUGUGUUCCCCAGAUUCACCGCGCCUCACUCCAGAAGCAUCACCUCCCUGAGGCAGACCUUGUGACCUCCAAGUCAAAUCCCUCAGCCAAAGUGUCGCCCCUCCCACACGAGCAUGCGAACGCCUUCAGCUGGUCCUUUCUCCUUCUUCCUCCUGAGUUCUGUUUUGUCCUGUGCUAACUGUGAGCAACCAGUCGCUCCAAUGUUCAGAAGAGACAAGAGAGUGAUGGUGAAGUGAUGGUGAUGUCAUGGAGUGAUGGUGAAGCGACGGAGUGAUGGUGAUGUGAUGGAGUGAUGGUGAUGUGAUGGAGUGAUGGUGAAGUGAUGGUGAAGCGAUGAAGAUGUGACAGUGAUGGUGAUGUGAUGGUGAUGUGAUGGAGUGAUGGUGAAGCGACAGAGUGAUGGUGAAGUGAUGGUGAUGUGAUGGAGUGAUGGUGAUGUGAUGGUGAAGCGACGGAGUGAUGGUGAUGUGAUGAGUGAUGGUGAAGCGACGGAGUGAUGGUGAUGUGAUGAGUGAUGGUGAAGCGACGGAGUGGUGGUGAUGUGAUGAGUGAUGGUGAAGCGACGGAGUGAUGGUGAUGUGAUGAGUGAUGGUGAAGCGACGGAGUGAUGGUGAUGUGAUGAGUGAUGGUGAAGCGACAGAGUGAUGGUGAUGUGAUGAGUGAUGGUGAAGUGACGGAGUGGUGGUGAAGUGACGGAGUGGUGGUGAUAUGAAGGAGUGAUGGUGAAGUGACAGAGUGGUGGUGAUAUGAAGGAGUGAUGGUGAAGCGACAGAGUGAUGGUGAUGUGAAGGAGUGAUGGUGAAGUGACGGAGUGAUGGUGAAGUGAUGGUGAAGUGACGGAGUGAUGGUGAUGUGAAGGAGUGAUGGUGAAGUGAAGGAGUGAUGGUGAUGUGAAGGAGUGAUGGUGAAGUGAAGGAGUGAUGGUGAAGUGAUGGUGAAGUGACGGAGUGAUGGUGAUAUGAAGGAGUGAUGGUGAAGUGACGGGGUGAUGGUGAAGUGACGGAGUGGUGGUGAAGUGACGGAGUGAUGGUGAUGUGAUGGUGAUGUGAUGGAGUGAUGGUGAUGUGAUGGAGUGAUGGUGAAGUGAUGGUGAAGCGAUGAAGAUGUGACAGUGAUGGUGAUGUGAUGGUGAUGUGAUGGAGUGAUGGUGAAGCGACAGAGUGAUGGUGAAGUGAUGGUGAUGUGAUGGAGUGAUGGUGAUGUGAUGGUGAAGCGACGGAGUGAUGGUGAUGUGAUGAGUGAUGGUGAAGCGACGGAGUGAUGGUGAUGUGAUGAGUGAUGGUGAAGCGACGGAGUGAUGGUGAUGUGAUGAGUGAUGGUGAAGCGACAGAGUGAUGGUGAUGUGAUGAGUGAUGGUGAAGUGACGGAGUGGUGGUGAAGUGACGGAGUGAUGGUGAAGUGACGGAGUGGUGGUGAAGUGACGGAGUGAUGGUGAAGUGACGGAGUGGUGGUGAUAUGAAGGAGUGAUGGUGAAGCGACAGAGUGAUGGUGAUGUGAAGGAGUGAUGGUGAAGUGACGGAGUGAUGGUGAAGUGAUGGUGAAGUGACAGAGUGAUGGUGAAGUGAUGGUGAAGUGACGGAGUGAUGGUGAAGCGACGGAGUGGUGAACAUAACUUGGCGAACACCAGCAACAGUGGCGUGGUACCUGAGGCUUGGAAAUAUCUUGACCUGACCCUGAAGUGAGCCAAGACUGACUUGUGGGUCACAGCGAUCGAGCGCCACACGUGGACUCGCACUUGCACCAGAGGCUGGACGAUGACGAGCCAGUGGAGCUCAGCUCCUCACACGGACGGUGCCGUGACUGGUUCAAACUAGCUCCGGAGUUGCGACACAUGCGGACGAGCGACGGUUGUGGAGCGGUCGGACACAUUCGUCCCCAGUCGGACUCGGGGGUGGAGCAGACGUUCCCCGGCCAGUUGGACCCGCCGGGCUCCGCUGUGACCGGCGGCUCACCUGAUGGCGAGCGUCGAAACGGUGCGUUCACGGACUCCUGCCGCCGAGGUAAACAGGCCAGAGGGAGAGCCGGCCGCGGACACCGGAACCAGCCGAGUUCCGGCCCGCUUUGUGAGAGAAGCAUCACAACUACUCACGUAGUGCUUGGACGGAUUCCGCCGCUUCUCCACGUCCACAACCUUGACGUCCAGAACCGUCCGGAACUGCAUCUUGACCCUGCAGAAGCUGUGCAUGAGGAUCCGGGAGAGGCGCCUCGAUCACGGCGGACAAGUCACGACUCCCAUCUCUGCGGCCGCGGAGCCGUUAGCCGCUCCCGGGACGGCCCGACAGGCCGGUGCCGUCCAGGAUCCUUAAUCCGAGGGGAAACUUGUCAGCGGUCUUCGAGGCGCGGUGUGUAUCCGGGCAGAGUCGACGCCGCCGCAGACCGCGGGAGGAGGAGGAGGAGGAGGAGGAGCAGGCGUCCGAGAAUGGAAGAAGCGCUCCUCUUUGUGUCUGAGGGAGUAGAAGCGAGCCCCCGCAGAUGCCGUGUCCGCGAGCGGGUGGCUCCACACGCUCCCCCCUGGACCCGGGACAGGCCUCCGAGCGAGCGCGUGUCCUCUGUGCGCGUCAGCCGCGAACGCUCCUCCCGCCUCCUCCAAGGCACGUCACGAGGUGAAGGAAGCCGGGUUCCACGCGGGAGACUCGAACCGUCGACUCCGCGAGUCACGGGCUCGUUUGGUCCGGAGACUCCAACAACUGGAAGCGGCGAUCCAGAUGUCGUCUGAGCGACCAAUCAGCGGCCACCUGGGUGACGUCACGCGCGGUGCUAAUGAAUGACUCGACACUGCCCUCCCGCGGCGCCGAGACUCCAGUUCUGCGGGAGGACGCCUGUCCCGUUCAUUUCGACGGCACCGACCGACAGACGACCUGAAACAGCGCAUUUUAAUAGCCAGCCACAGAAGACGGUGGAGUCACGUGACAGUCAAAGGUUUGGAAGCCAGGCCAGCGAGAGGGCGCUCAGCAGUCAGGUUUGAAACCUGCCAUGACACCGCGGACUCAUCUCCAGAGAGGAGUCUUUACAUGACAAAAGCCAGGUAGUAGUUGUUGCCGGAGCUGAUGACGUCACUGCUGCACUCCAGAGAGCUGAGGACCUUCUCCAGAGCCGCCUUGCUCACGUUGGGACUGUAGCGCCGCCUCACGGCCGACAGGAUGUGCAGCAGGUGGACGCCCUUCUCUGCAUCUGCAGCGGAACAACAACAACAACAGUCAACGGCGCGGAGAAGGUGGGGAAGCACAAAGCACACACUGGCCCCAUGAGGGCAAACCUACACUUGUCUCGCUGGCAGUCCUCUCGGACGAUGUCUCUCACUGCCAUGGUCAGGUCGAGAUCCUUCAGCGUCACCUGAGCAGCGAGCAGGUCAGACAGCAAAACAACACCAUGGCCUGUUUCUGAAGACUCACACAGUAGACUUGGUCCUGGGACAGGACCUUGCGGUACACCAGACCCUCUUCUUGAAGAACUUUCAACGUCUGCUUGAGAAGCGCAGAGACUUGCGAGCAGACUGAGGGACCCGGGGCCGGCUCCUGGUCACAUGGCGUCCACCGUCAGGCGGGAGACCUUCUACACAGUCACCCUGCAGAGCCCGAGCCAGUACCUGCUCCGCCGGAGUGCGCGUGCUGACCAGUGGCAGCAGAAGAUCCUGGACAUCAUAGGGGCGGAAUGUGACCGCAGGCUUGUCCUCCAGGAAGACGCGAACGGCGUCGGUGGCUCUGGUGAGGAGGCUGACGUCUCUGAAGACGAGGUGAGCGAGUGAAUCCUGGCGUUUCAUCAGGGAGCCCGCCUGGGACCUACCUGUGGUCCUUCAGCUCCAGCGGCCGCUCGUACACCUGCUUGUAGAGCAGGGGCAGCUCUGACAUCCAUGAGAGCUGGACCGACAUCACAGGGUCGCUGACCUUGUCUGAGACACAGGACGCCUUGUUGUUGUAGUUGUUGUGCUCGACGGAGAGCAGCUGCACUCACAGAAGCACGAGGCCAUGAUUUCCCUCUGCCCUCUGGAGGUCUUGACUGCUCCUCGCACACGCAGCAGCUCUCCGAUCUCCAGACGACUCUGCUCCUCCUGAGCCUGUUUCAGCUUCCUCAGCUCUGCUGCCGGAUCAAAUCCACCGGCUGCUGCGUCGCUCUGCCGCCCUCCUGCAGGGGAACGGUCAUGACUCCUGCUUAAGAUGCUUGGUCUGAAGAAACAUCCGCCUUCCAGUCAAGUCUCCACGCUCUCACGCCGCCAUUUCUGAGCCCUGGAACCCGGCAUCAGCAGCCUAUACUGUAUGAAAGUGCAAAUGACUCACGCGGGCGACAGCCGCUUCUGUAGAAACACGGCCUGUGUUCAUCUGAAACACUCAGACGCUCAGUACAAACAGAGCAGUCGACCUCAACCUCUCGCUCCAUUUUAGCAUCUUCUCCUCACGAGGGCUUCACCAGUGGGUCGAGAAGACGUGUUGGCGCCCCGUGGUUUCCCACCUGUGCUGGGCUCCAGCUGCUCCUUCAUCAGGUCACUCUUCCAGCACAGACAUGCGAUGACGCCGCUUCCAUCGUCCACUGUGAAGACAGACAGAGCUGCUCAGCAGCACAGCCACACACCCCUGCUCACCAGUGGACAAAGAGCGACACGCGCCUCCGUAGCAGAAGAAGUCCUCGCGCUCUCUCCUGGACACCACCGUGCCCAGAACAUGGACCUUGUAGAUCGGUCGAGAGUUGAAGAAGUAAACACCUGGCGGACACGGCACUGUAAGUGAGCGCGGCUCAGAACAAGCAGACCGGCGUCCUCGCUGCCGCCAAAGUCAUCGACACAAAGACGGAGGAGGAGCUGGAGGAUUACAUGGUGGAGAUCGACAUCCUGGCGUCAUGUGACCACCCCAACAUCGUCAAGCUGCUGGAUGCCUUUUACUACGAGAGCAAGCUGUGGAUCCUGAUCGAGUUCUGUGCUGGAGGGGCGAUGGACGCCGUCAUGCUGGAACUGGAGCGGCCCCUCACAGAGCCUCAGAUCAAGGUGGUGUGCCGCCAGACGCUGCAGGCGCUGCUCUACCUCCACGACAACAAGAUCAUCCACCGAGACCUGAAGGCCGGGAACAUCCUGCUCACCCUGGACGGAGACGUGAAGCUGGCCGACUUUGGCGUUUCUGCCAAGAACAGCAAGACCCUGCAGAGGAGGGACUCCUUCAUCGGCACUCCGUACUGGAUGGCUCCAGAAGUGGUGAUGUGCGAAACGUCCAAAGACCGUCCCUACGACUACAAGGCCGACGUCUGGUCUCUGGGCGUGACCCUGAUCGAGCUGGCUCAGAUGGAACCCCCCAAUCACGAGAUGAACCCCAUGAGAGUGCUGCUGAAGAUCGCCAAGGCCGAGCCCCCCACGCUCCUGCAGCCGUCGCGCUGGUCUGCUGACUUCAGUGAUUUCCUCAAGAGGAGUUUGGACAAGAACGUGGACAACCGAUGGAGCGCGCCGCAGCUUCUGCAGCAUCCCUUCGUGUCCACCGUUACGGACAACCGACCUCUGCGGGAGGUCAUCGCUGAGGCCAAGGCCGAAGUCACGGAGGAGAUCGAGGAGCACAAGGAGGAGGAGGAGGAGGAGGAGGAGGAGGAUACGGCUCCUCGGCUGGGUCACCAGCGCGCGCCAUCGGACGCCAGCGUGCUCAGCUCCGAGGACGAGAAGGUCCCACUCUCGCCCACCAGCCUGGAGUCCGUCCCUGAGAAGGUGGAAACGCUUCUGCCCGUCUCCAACCACGUGGAGGCUCCCAGCUCUGUGGAGCGGAAGCCAGAGGAGGCCUCCAGUGAGGUGAAGGACCUUUCCAACGUGAAGGAGAUGCUGCAGCUGCAGGAGGUGGACACCGCCCAGAGUCCUGCUGUGGAGUCACCCGAGCUCAUUGACACUCCUGAGGAGGCUCCGACUCCAGCAGAAGACCAAGCCCUGUACAAACAUCUGAAGGUGACCUUGACCUUACCAGACGACGAGAAGCUCUCCAGAGAGGCCAAAGAGGAGAGUGGGACCGCGAAGGACAAAGACUCUGACUCUGGGAACGGAUCCACGGCAGAUGGCACGAGCGUGGACCUCAACCUGUCCAUCUCCAGCUUCCUGUCCAAGGCCAAGGAGCCGGGCUCCGCGUCCACGCAGGAGUCCAAACGGCAGAAAAAGACUCUGAAGAAGACGAGGAAGUUCAUGGUGGACGGCGUGGAAGUGAGCGUGACGACGUCCAAGAUCAUCACGGACAACGACACCAAGAACGAGGAGAUGAGGUUCCUCAGGCGCCAAGAGCUGCGGGAGCUGCGUCUGCUGCAGAAGGAGGAGCAGAGGGCUCAGCAGCAGCUCAGCAACAAGCUGCAGGCGCAGAAGGAGCAGAUCUACCGACGCUUCGAGCAGGAGACCACGAGCAAGAAGCGUCAGUACGACCAGGAGGUGGAGAACCUGGAGCGCCAGCAGAAGCAGACCAUCGAGCGGCUGGAGCAGGAACACACCACCCGCCUGAGGGAGGAGGCCAAGCGCAUCAAAGCGGAGCAGGACAAGGAGCUGGCCAGGUUCCUGAGCGCGCUGAAGAACCGCAAGAAGGAGGAGCAGGAGUUUGUCCUGAAGCAGCAGCAGGACCUGGACUCGGCGCUGAAGAAGAUCAUCCAGCAGCACAAAGUGGAGCUGGCCACCGUGGAGAGAGACUGCCUCAACCACAAGCAGCAGCUGCUGCGAGCCCGGGAGGCCGCCAUGUGGGAGCUGGAGGAGCGCCACCUGCAGGAGAAGCACCAGCUGUUCAAGCAGCAGCUGAAGGACCAGUACUUCAUGCAGCGACACCAGCUUCUGAAGAGACACGAGAAGGAGAUGGAGCAGAUGCAGCGCUACAACCAGCGGCUGGUGGAGGAGCUGAAGAACAAGCAGAGCCAGGAGCGGACGCGGCUGCCCAAGAUCCAGCGCAGCGACGCCAAGACCCGCAUGGCCAUGUUCAAGAAGAGUCUGCGCAUCACGGCGGCUGCCAUCACGCCGGAGCAGGAGCGCGAGAAGGUCAAGCAGUUCGCAGCUCAGGAGGAGAAGCGGCAGAAGAGCGAGCGCCUGCAGCAGAACCACAAGCACGAGAACCAGAUGCGCGACCUGCAGCUGCAGUGCGAGGCCAACGUGCGCGAGCUCCAGCAGCUGCAGAACGAGAAGUGCCACCUGCUGAUCGAGCACGAGACGCAGAAGCUGAAGGAGCUGGACGAGGAGCACGGCCAGGAGCUGAAGGACUGGAGGGAGAAGCUGCGUCCCAGGAAGAAGGCUCUGGAGGACGAGUUUGCCCGCAAGCUCCAGGAGCAGGAGGUCUUCUUCAAGAUGAGCGGCGAGUCCGAGUGCCUCAACCCGUCCUCCCAGAGCCGCAUCAGCAAGUUCUACCCCGUCCCCAGCGUCCACUCCAGCGGCUUCUAGCGGAGGGAAGCGCCUCUGGACGCCAAGCCUUGUACACAGUGUUAGCCCAGACGCUAGUUUCUGCUCCAGCCAGGAGGCUCUCUUGCUCCCGAUGACAGCACCAGACGGGACGCGAAGACGGUCCCAGUCCGGCCGGCCGGCCGGCGGGGCCCACGCAGGAACCCGACGGCUCAGAUGACGGCGGCUCCUUCAGGAGGGUUGGAACCUUGAGGGCUGACGGCAGGUUGCUCCCUCUGGGCUCGUGCACGCGCGUUUCUCCUGGUGAUGUGCAGAGCCGAUCCGGCUGGUUCAGUCUGUGGUCACGGUCGUGUAGUUCCAGCGCGUGGAAAUAAAGAGCUGCUCCGUGUU